CUCACCCCGCUCUUUUUGCCUUUUUUUUUGGUUUUGGCGAUCGCCUCCGUGGUCCGAUAUUUUUGGUAGUGUCUCGAAAACAUCAGCUCCCACUCGUCGUUCAAUUGCUUUUUGAGGAUCCUCCUUCCCCGCCAUUUGUUGACCUGCUUUCUUAAAAGAUUAUGAUCCACCUCGUCACAUCGUCAUCGAGCAAUACAAUCGAGACACGAAGCCAGCGGAGAAAUGUACUUAACCAUGGCUGCUCCCUCGCAGCACACCAUGGCGCCUCAUUGCGUCGUGCCAACGACGUCCCUCGGCGGAGAUCGUUGGCGGGAUAUAUAGUUUUUAGACCAGCGCCAGUGCCCUUAUGAACUAGACCUGUUGCAGUCGAGUCGAGCAACAGUUAUUCUCGUCCGGUCGCCAGCUCUGGAACCGGCGCGCGACCUCUAACAUGUCCCGCCGGGGGUCGAGGCGUAAUUCACUCCGGCCAGCACGGCCUCCCGGGCACGAAAGGAUACUUCUUUUACCGACGGAACAUUACUACAAAACUGGAAAAGCUUCCAUGAUUCCCUGGCCGCGAUGGCUCCCCCGCCCCGGCAUUAUCGUCUGUGCUGUUCUCAGUUUCUUGUUACAGCAGGUUUUGCAGGUGUUCGGGCGGGAUGAGGAUGAGAAUAAUAGGGCCGCAACAUCAAGAAGUGCUGGCUCCACCGGGGGCGCCCUUCAGUCGUCCUCGAGGACAAAAAAACAGCACGUGAAAUACGCCGAGUGCCAACAUCGCUACACAGACUACCGGCCGGAUUUCUUCGACUGCGAGGGCUCGCCGAGCUGGGAUGCCUUCAUGGAUUUGGUGCGGCAGGCCGCGAAGCUGAAGUUCCAGAUGAUUCCGCCGGAAUUGUACAAUAUGGCGCAGUAUCCAUGGAAAAAGUACCCAAAUCUGACUAAGUACAAAGAGAAAGAAUAUAGAAAUCGCAACACGAAUCCCGUUUCGAUAUGUUCAACAACUUGAAAAACGGAAUUUCUCUUGCUGAAAUUGUCGCAUCUACAACUACAUGAUGUAAAAGAGUUGCGGCGUUUCUUGCCGACUUUGUCACCAAGGGUCAUGCAAUUCCGAUUUGUACCAGUCUGCGAUACUACUUUUGCACAGGAUACGCGCAAGAUCAUCGAAAUCUGGGACGCGAAACCCUACCCGCCGCAGGAUUUCCACAACAUGCUCUGUGACCCGCGGAAAGUCUGGAAUCCGCUGCAUGCGGAAGAGUAUCAGCCAUUUUGCCUCUACGGGUUUAUCUACGCUCUCUUGAUCCGGGCGCGGGUGUUUAUGAGCGAGGGGAGCAAGGACCUGGUCAAGAUGGCCAAGGAGGAUUUGAGCUAUGCGGUAAAAGGAAAAGCAUAGGCAUGCAUAUUUAUCUAUCAUUUAAAGAAAAAAGUGCGAGUUGGUUCUUCUUGAGGUAGUUCAGUAUCAUUGCAAUCCCGUGGCUGUGGUGCGAAGUUCGUCAACUAGAGAAGUUCAUCCUGCCUGAUGAACGGCAAGCACAGCGCAAAGCUGGUGCUCCUGCAAACCCAUCUGUAAAAGAAUUUUAAUACCACAACUUGCUCUGUAGACGAUACACUCUGUUCUUCGCUACAACUUCACAGCAAGUGCGAAAAAAGUAUACAUCGAAUCAAACGGAUUUCCAAUUUCUAUUUGAACCAAACUAGGUCACCUGCCUCGGUAAGGAAGGUUCCGUCGAUUUUCUCGAUAGUUCUGCGGUGGGCGCGACCAUUUUGGAUUUCUACAUCAAUAUCGGCGAAACGGAGUUUUACACCUACGACGAGUACGUGAAGAAGUUCCCGGUCCCCGAGCCCCCGCCCGACGAGUUUGGCAUGCUGCACUACAACCCGCAACCCCCCCUGGAAGAGCAGCAGCUACAUAAGCUUUUUUUCCACGAGGACAGGAGAAGAACCCUCCACGCUGCGGUCUUCGGCACGCACGCCACCCUGUCCCUCGAAACGGUCCACAUGGUGCAGGAGUUUGUCUUGCGCGACCAGGUGGAGUUGAAGCCGGUCUUCUACGGGUUGGAACCGCGGUGGUGCGGCAUUCUCGGCAUGUGCAACCGGGGGGAUCCGGCGUUUGCGAAGUUUUUCAAGGACGCGGAACAGGACCCCUACGGGGACGACUUUACCUGGGAGAGUAUGCAGGAAAAGUUUUGUACGUCUGGGUCGUUUCGGUAGAUGAUCUGUGCGAUGCAUCGCAAGAGCUGCAUGACAAGCAUGCGCAGUUUAUCUCCCGCUAGUACACAGACAGAUUUCCAACUGACAAAAAAAAUGGAGCAGCAGAUUGAAGCGGUUUAUUUUCGCGAUGAGGAGUUGAAAAAAUCCGACUUUCUAUGAAUGAAAAAGGCCAUCACAAAAGUCAUUUUGUAAUGCAGUUUAUGUAUGAACAGAAAUGAUGAUAACAGUAUUUAACAACUCUACUAUUUCGAUGCGAAAAAAAUCGAAAUGGUAUCAAGCAUGGCCAAAAACCACUGAAUCUUUGCUAGACAGGAGGUAUAUCAAAAAAGAGAUACCGAUUGCAUGCAGAGUCCUAGCCCUUUUGAUAUGCAGGAAAAACUGCAGGACUAAAACUGAUAGUGAUGGUCUUUUUACUCCCUUUCCAUAUUCGCUCUUGUGCACAGAGCCGCUGGUCGGGUGCCUGCUGUUGCAAAAACUCUGGCGGGAGAGGAUGCAAAAGACGCUACCGGUGUUAGGCUACUUGGGCGUCGCGCUCUUGAAUUCCGUGCCGCCACUGGAUCUGGUGAAGUUCUGGGAUUUGCUGGACGGCAGAAAACCGGGCACGGACACGAUUCUGUACGUGAACAACCGGAUCCUGCGGGAGCAAAUCUACUACCAAACCGGGAUAGUAGCGCCCUACGUCCGCGCACACGGCCUGUACACGAAAUCCGUGUACAGUCCGCAGAUUGACCGGGUGCUGUUUUGGCGCGCGCCGCUCUUCGUCUACCCCACACUGAGGUGCGCAAUUUGGCAGUUCUUGAAAGGUAUAUCAAGUUGUGUCCAAAUGUUUGAUGCGACUACAGUCUUGCUUGUGAUUUUCUAUCUACUCCAACAUAGAAGUCAGCAGUUGAUAAUGGUAAUGGAGAUGGACUGUAAUCCUUCGAAGAACCUUGUUGAAACGAAUCAGUGUCAGUUUCUAUCUCGUGAUCCUCGAGCCGCACAGUACAAAAAUCACGACAUACAACGACCAAUGCAAUAAUUGCUUAACAGCCAUGCGAGACCGGCCAGCAUCGCCGGCUACAACCGCCCUCGGGGAGCUUCCUUCACCUGAAGGAGAAGUAGCGGGAAAACCUUCUACAAGUAGCGACGAUAACCCCGACGUAUCCAACAGCAAAUUUCCCUUCACGAUCCGGUUCCUCGACGAGAAGGAGUCGAUGGACUACUCCGUCGUGGCCCAGCACCGCAGCGUGAUUCUGCUUCCCUGGGACCACGCGCUGAUGACGUUUUACGAGCUGUAUUCCAUGUCCGUCCCGCUGUUUCUGCCGAAAAUCGAGUGGAUUUACCGGUUUGUGUACCAGCGGGGUCAACUCUCCGUGGGCGAGCCGCUGUACCAGUCGGUGCACCCCCGGCACAAGCGGCCCCGGGCGAAGUUCGCCAGCUACGAUUACCCCGAGCCCACGGACAACAGCACCAACAAAGAGUCGGUCGGGCCCAUGUCCGUGCAAACGGGGUUGUCGUCCGCGAAAGCGGCGAGAGGGGUCACGGAGGACAUGCUGCGCCGGGGGUUGGACGAAAACCUGGGGCUGGUGGAGGUCCGGGCCUACAUGGUUGCGGCGCUCGAUCUCAUCAUGGACAUGCAGUACUUUCUCACCGCCGCGGAAAACAAAACGACCGAAGCCGACUCCUACACCAGCGCGGGGAAGGUGAAACGGUACACGAAGGCGAACCGCGACCAGCUAUCCUAUGUAAAAACGUCCCCAUGACGACCCCAUAGUUGUCAUGUUGCAAAUCUGCAUAAGUAGUAAAAAUGUUUCUCAUGCGGUUGCGGACGAGCCCCAUGAGGAGCAUUUUCCAUACACUCGCGCGCCGCGCCCAUUCUAGUUAGGGUCUAUUUUUGCUUUCUUCUUCUCUUCAUCCCAUUUCGACAGGUCAAGCAAUUCUACUCUCGCAGUUCGCUCCGGCUACAGUGAUCUACUUAAACUUCUAUUUUGAUUUUACAUUGCAAUAUAUCGUUUUCUGGAAUUUGUGAUGCUCGAUUCAGCCUGCACGAUAUGCUAGAUCUGUGAUGCUGAUUCAGCUAGCUAAACAGAAUUACACUACGAGGCUAAACUUGUCAUGCGCAGCAAUCAAAGUUGCUUGAUUCAUUUGUGUAGCAGGUUCCUUUCCCAUUUUGACUAUGAGGCGGGGACGUUUCUACAGAGGAUACCAGCUGGAUUUGCAGUCUAUCGAGUACUAUGAAAUGCAAAAGCAUCGUGCUAGUAUAAAUUGCAUUACAAAUUGCCUUAGCAUUACAAAUUAAAUUUGUAAUGCUGAUUUACCUUGAGAAAGAGAUUUGUUAUGCAUAGAUGCAAUUACUACGAGUACGAUACUUAUGCACAGGAUAAGUACAGUGACGAGCCGUGGCACCCGUACACGCCGUUCCAGAUGUCCCUAUCAAAUGCAAGUAUGUCUGGGUCUGGAAAGUUGUGAUGCAACUCCUAGAGUAAUUAGCCUAGCGCACUGCAAUACGGAGCGUAGCAUGACAUAGUUUCUGUGCUGCUAUGUUUUGCGAAUUCCCCAUUGCAGACUGCGUUUUUGCAUGACAGACAAGGGGAUCUUUUCGUGCCAUGCAUCACAGAGUGUAGUAGAGUCAUGCCAGAAGAAGCAUGACAAAGCUCGGAAUCUUCCAGAGGACCCAGACUACAUAUUUGCAAUGCAUAGUCCCCGCGGGACAGUAACGAGUGGAAUCGGAUGCGCAAGGGCGGCUGGUGGCUGCGCCGGGGCGUGCGGGUCGACGCCAUGCGGUACUGGUUUCAGUACUCGGAUUAUCAAAUAAUGCAAAUAUGUCUGGGUCUGGAAGGUAGGAACUUGUGAUGCUGUCCUUGGAUUCUAAAAAAAUCUGUAUUGCAUGACCAGCAAGAGGAGCCCAAUUUGUGCUACGCGGGGAGGGCAUUUUGCAUGCGGAAUAGGCAUCAGCAAGCCGUCUGAAAACCUGUGAUGCUAGGCCACGCAUUACAGGAAACAUGGGUCAUGCAAAAUGUGCAUAACAACCCUCGCAUCUCUCCAGACCAACACAUAUUUGCAAUUGAUACCGAUUUCUACCGGUUUCCGGCCCUGCAGUACUUCGACAACAUUCCGGACCUGUUCUGCCGCCUGCAGUCCGCGGACCUCCCCUGGAUCACGAACGUAUGACAGUGCACAUCUCUGCCUCCCCCUCAUUGUUCAUGCAAAAUGCCAACUCCAGGCGCUGUCUUGUGGCACUGUUUGCAUCACAAAUGCCGGAACCCCAACUAGUACUAAACUAGGCAUAUAAAAAAUUUGUCAUGCACAGGCUCCAUGUGAUGUGCUGGUGUUUGUAUCGCUGUCCAUGACAUGAUACGCGUGAGGGGGAGGGGGAGUUGGGCAAUGCCAUAGAACGCCAUGCACAAGUACAACGACGAAACAUUGUUGGAAUCCACACAGUACUGGACGGAUGCGGUGGUGCGGUUGCUGUCUUGAUAGGUAGACGCUAAAGGAGAUGAAAAAGUGUCUCUGGUUGUGGCCCUUUCAUUUCAAGUAAGUUCUGUGGCCCAUCCAAGUCCAACGUAAAAAAAGUGAACCGAACUCGUGAAAAGAAUAAGAUCAAGAUGAACACGUACUAAAAAUUGUACGAACAAAGAUGACAUGAUGAUCUUGUUGAAGAUCAACAUUCCCACUGAAUCCAACGCGAACUUCUCUUUUUUACGUUUUCUUCUGAAGAAAGCAUUAUAGAUGAAGCAAAACCAGGCUAGAACUAGAAGUAGAGUUUUCCUGGGUGGAAGUGCGGGUAUCCAUCAAAUUGGAAAUAGUAACUUUUUUGAGCAGGAGGCCCGCCAUCGUGUUCAGUAAUGACGCGUUGACGUCUUACUCGGAGGCGCAGCCGUGUUGGCCCACCUGGUUUGUUGACCUGCAGGGCGCAAUUUUACACGAGGUAGCCGUCCCUCGUGGACGAACGGAUCGCGGUUUAU